CUACUUCCGACCUGGUGAAUAAUAUCAGUCCCUACGGCGUUGUGGUAAGGUUAAGGACAGCAGCCACAAGAUCCACUCUGUUCCUGCUGUGCAACCACCAGUUUGGAAGUCCCUCUUCUUAUUGUAGGCACCAUGAUGGAAAACACAUCCGUUCGAUUGCUGGUUAUCCUGAGUGAAGACAGCAGCGUGAGAAUGGAGCUACGCAACGGGAUUCCCGAUUCACUGGAAGAGUUUAUCGAUGAGGUCAAGAAUGCAUGUGGAUUAGGGGGAUUCAUAAGGUUCCAGUACAAGGACACAGAUUUUGGGAACACAUUUGUUAAUCUGACCUCUACAACUGUAAUUAAGGAUCUUACAGUUCUCAAAGUACUCCAGUUAGACCCUGAUUCAACUGUUGUCUUGUACGCACUUGAUCCCCCAGUGAGUAGCAUCCCUUUGGAUCGACUGGACAGUGAUGACUCCUCAGUGUCUGCACAUACACACGACACUUCCUCAGACUCACUAAGGACCCAACAGUGGCCACGACAUUUCCCAAUCCCACGCUUCUCCUAUGACACAGAAUGUCAACUGCAGAGGGGGAAUGCAGAGUACAUGAGAAGCAAAACUAGACUCACACCUAGCUAAAAAAUGCUGUCAGACAUACUGGAGAAAGUAGCUGAAAGUAUCUACGCAUACACACCAUACCCUGAAGAUUCUGACGUCAGUGAUGUUGCUGAAGCACUGACAAAGAAGCACCCCUGCCUGAAAGAACCAGGGUCUUUCAAUGAGAGCUAUGGUUGUAAGUGCAGGAUGAAGAUGAAAAUGGCCAACUGCAGGACUCAACUUAGGGCACACGGUACAUCUCCCGAGGUCACAGUGAAUUCUUUGAAAUCCAAGUCUCAAGGGGACUCCUACCCAGCUAAGAAUGUCAAGAGACCUAGACGAGCUGAGGCCAAUCAUUUUCCACCUUUGCCAAGUGGUGAGACUACUGAAAGCCUGGAACAAGAGAGGGUUUCCCUUUUGACUGAACUACAGAAAAAAAAAAAAGUCAAAUAAUAAAAGAAAAGAUGGCAAAGACGUUUGGAUAUACCGUAGACAAGAAAUAGUGCAUAAGCAGCCGAGCACUGAAGACAUGUUGGCAAGAUGGCCAGCACUUUUUCAGAUGGAAGAGAUUAAUGCUGAGUUCAUGCGGGUGACAACAGUUCCCUUGGAGACAAAGUUCUUAGCGCAGUUGGACAAGCACACGUCGAAACUGCUGGAGGUCAUCAGGAGCAAGGGAGGACGUGUGAAAGAGCAGACCAAGGCAACUUUGCAGGUUUUAGAUGAGACUGUGGACAUCACAAUUAGAAGAGAGUGCAUCUUCAAAUCUUUGAUGAUCUACCUGGGUGAACCUGUUCAUCACCUCAUUAAAGAAGUCCAGGAUAUGCAGGAAAAUGAAGACACCAUGGCAAUCGUCAGUGGAACUGAGGACAUUCAAAUCUUCAUUGAUGGAACAGUGGUCCUCAGAGAGGUGCCCACAAUAGUAACGGCUGUUGCUAUGUUCUUCGGGCUCACCUACGCACUCAACAUAAAGUAUCCCAAAAAACUGCAGUACACCCUUGAAUUUGUUCAAAGGGUCAAAGGGAGCUUGGUGGGAGAAAGAUGUCCCCAAAAAUGCAUCGGUUGGUUACCCAGCUUUGCAGCCAAGAGUAGGCCCAAAUGCUGUUUGCUGCUUGUUCAUUUGAAAAUUCAUGUCUUGAAUGCAUGUCUACUGUUUGUAUUUGAGAUCAGUUUAUCUGAAAAUGUUUCCUGGUUGCUGUUUGUUAAACCAAAAAUGUUUAGAAGGACCUUUAAGCUUGGUCUAUGUUGA